GUUUUGAUUGGCGAAAAAAUUUCCAUUCAUUAACAUUAACUACUGUUUGAAUUGUGAAAAAAUUAUUCAAACGAAUUGAAUCCGUUUUGAUCACUUUUUUUGGCUUUUUUUUCUCUAUUCAUUUAACCAACACAUUUCAUUUAUAAAUUUAUUCAUUUUUUUUCAUAAUGAUGAUGAUGCCACAAACAUCGGGAAACAAUGUAUCGUCGAAUGAAAACAAUUCAACACAAUCACCCAUGGAUGUGAAUCCAAUUACUAUGAAUAAUAACAAGAAUAACAACAACAAUAAUAAUAGAAUCAUUGGAAAACAUAAUAAUAGCAAUAGACAUAUUGCAAAUAAACAUUCAAGUAGCAGUAAUAAUCUACGAUCCAGUAAUAAUCAAUCACCAUCGAAUCGAUUUUCACAACAACAACAACAACAACAACGUAAAGAUGCCCGAAAUGACGAAACAACAACAAUGUCAACAUUUGUACCGGAAGUUCGUGAAUAUUUAUUCAAAAUAUUAGUUAUCGGUGAAUUAGGAACGGGUAAAACAAGUUUUAUUAAACGCUAUGUACAUCAAUAUUUUUCGCAAUAUUAUCGUGCUACAAUUGGAGUGGAUUUUGCACUGAAAGUUUUAAACUGGGAUGAUAAUAUAUUAAUACGGCUACAAUUAUGGGAUAUUGCCGGUCAAGAACGAUUUGGUAAUAUGACAAGAAUCUAUUAUAAAGAAGCUGUCGGGGCAUUCCUUGUUUUCGAUGUAUCGGCACCAUCUAGUUUUAAUGCUGUAUUGAAAUGGAAACAUGAUUUGGAUACAAAAGUUUGUAUGGCCGAUGGUGAACCAAUACCUUGUCUAUUGUUGGCUAAUAAAUGUGAUGCUAAUAAAGAAGGUAUUGCAGCCGAUCCAGAAAUGUUGGAAAAAUUUACCAAGGAAAAUAAUUUCUGUGGUUGGUAUUAUACAUCGGCAAAAGAAAAUACAAAUAUUGAAGAAUCAGCUAAAUUUCUUGUCGGUAAAAUUUUACAACGACAAAAACAUUUUGCACUUGAAGAUGUUGCCGAUAAUGAUGAUGUUAUAAAUCUAGCCUAUCAUAAUCAUGGUGUAAGUAAAUCGGAAAAAUGUAGCUGUUAAUGUGGCAAUCAUAAUUAACCAUUGUUGAUGGAUAGAGAGAAAAAACAAACACAAAAACAAUGACUGUAAAUUGAUUGUUUUUUCACACUUACAUUCGAGAGAGAGAG